GCAACUCAAGAACAACCACCACCGCCAGGACAAGUUCAAUUACCAGUGCCCACUCAGCCGCCGCCUCCGAGUCAAGUAACAACCUCAACAACUCCGGUGACAACAGCAGCAUCAACAGUAGCAACAUCCACGAACAUUGCUGCACCUGCACCAAUUUCAGUAAUUACACAGCCUCCUCCUCCAGGUCAAGCUACACCACCAACUUUACCAUCGACAAUAAAGCCUCCUCCUUCAGCAAAAGUAAAUGCCAACCCACCUUCAAUUCAAAUGCAACCACCACCUCCAGGUCAAUCUGCUCCUUCACAAGCACCUACUCAACCACCACCACCUGGGCUUGAAUCAAGAGCUACAGAAUUCCUAGCACAACUUCAACUCUUACCAAAAGCUGCGCUUGCCUUACAAGCCAGCAAAGCACAGACACUUGGAAACCAAUCGAUACAACCUUCUCAGACUCUAAAAAAGGUGGCGCCGCGCUCUCGCGAAGACCCACACAACCGUUAUUCCUGUUGUUACACGAGUGCAUAUAUCACUGGAUAUCUUUCGAAAAAAACAGAAGAGGAAACAACAGAGUUAUUUAGCGAUCGAAAGAAAUUGCAUGCUGAUUUAAAACUCUUUUGCAACGAGAUUGUUGUUCAAACAACAAGAGAUCGAAUUUUGCAAGAGUUGGAUGAAAAAGGGAAAGAGGUUAUAAAAGACAUUACGCCCGAGUCUGAAAAUUUUAAAGCGAAGUUCUUGGAAACUUUUACAUUGCACAAAAUCUUUACGGAUACGCUUGAAGAAGUCAAAUUCCAAAGUAACUCGGUUACUGUAUCCGAAAACGGGGGAUCAAAUCAAAAUACACCAUCACUAGAACUUUUAACAGUAUUUCGAUUAUGGGAACAACAUAAUAAAAAAGAUGUGGCAGUAAUGCAAAAUGUUUAUACUGACCAACCACGUCGUGGUAGAGGAGGUUAUAGCAGAGGAGGUUAUUGGCCACAACGUGGUGCACCUCCGAGACAUUCUCCAUAUCCACAACAAGGGGCACCUCGUCGACGUGAUUGGGGAGGAGGUAUUCGUGAUGAUCGAGAUUACAGAGAUCGACGACCAGAUGAUUAUCAUAGAGAUCGUCGUGAUGAAUAUCAACGUCGGGAUUAUGAUCGUAGACAAGAUUAUCGAGCUCCACCACCAGGACCACCCCCGUUUGGACGUGAAAGACCUCAAUUAGCUCGAAGAGAUGAUCAAUAUCAUCGACCAGGAGGAGCAUAUGAUGAUAGACGAAGAGAUACUAGUAAUAUGUAUGAUCGUAGACCUGAUGAUAAUAGACAUUCUAGAGAUUAUCGCGGCCCACCACCACAUCCCGGACCUAUUGUGCCACCACCUAAACCAUCACCAGCAAUUUAUGAAGCACCACCAAUGCCUCCCAAUCCACCUCCAGCCCCUCAAAUGCAACCAUCAUCACAAACAGGAUAUGAAUAUCAGCAAUACUCUUCAGAACAACAGCAAUUCCCUACAACUCCAACAGGAUACCAGCAAGACUACACUGGCCAGACUUAUGCUGGCUACUAUCCACAAUAUCCACAAGAUCACCAACUGAAUGGGCAAGCAGCAAAUCAAUACCAAUAUUCUCAAGCUGGAGCUGCUGCCGCAAAUACCACAGGCUGGGAUGCUGCGCAGAUGCAAACAGGCCAGUCUCACAUCACAUCAUUCGGAUGGAACCAACCAGGACGACAUACAGCAAUUCCAUUGCCCACAGACUUCAUGGCUGGCCCAAGUUCUGCACCGAGAUUGUCAAUGCCAGAACCGCAUGAAGUGCUCGGUGUGAUAAAAGGUGUGAUUAUUCGAGAUGCUCAAGGUAAUAUCGGGUUGAGUAAAUAUCAUUUCAGCACGAUGUAG